GUUCACUGUAUCAGCAGAAGCAAACAAAGUUCAUCUGGUUCGCCUUAGAAACAACACUUUAAUACUUCAUACCAGUCGUGUCGUAUAUCUCUAAUACGUAGUGCCUGCUGUGGUUCAGAUUCAAAGAUGACGGAGGCAGAUCCAAAUGUUCUGGUGGGUCCAACUCUAGAGAGGACAAUCUUCCAAUGUCUUGGAGAAUACCUGCUACCCUUGAUGAAAUCUCACAAGCAGAAUGUGAUCCAAGUAGAUGGUGUGACUGGUGAAUCUCUCACAGCAGAUAUCUUGCUGAAGAGGGCAAUUAAACUGGCUAAAUGGUUCAGAUACCAAGGCAUUAGUGUUGGUGACUGUGCUGGAGUGAACAGUGAAAAUCAUUUGGAGUACUACACAGUGCCCUUAGCCGGGUUUUUCGAAGGAGUCGCAUUUACUGGUUUUAACCCUGACUAUACUCCUUGGGAGUUGAAGCAUGUGAUGAACUUGUCCAAACCGAAGGUCGUGUUUUGCUCAUAUAGGACUGUUGAUAAGGUGUUGUUGAACUUACAUGAGUAUCAGUUCAUCCAACUUGUAGUUUUAUUUGGAAAAGAGCGCAGGUCGUACCAUCCAAAAGUGGUAAUGUUUAACGAAAUAAUGGGAAACGUUAACAAAGAAGAACUGGAUGAAUCUUACACAGCAGUUCCAGUUGACUCAAAAGAAACUCUUGCUACGAUACUAUACUCAUCAGGAACUACAGGGCUUCCCAAAGGUGUAAUGUGCACCCAUUUCAAUUUGACCUCAUUUACUGAAACUACAUUCACUCAGUUCAGAGACAUCAUGUUAAGUCCAGAUCCCUAUGACGCGAUGUUAGUUGUGAUGCCACUAUUCCAUGGUUUUGGUUUCACAUUGAUGUACAUGAACUUAAUACGAGGCAAAUCGCUGAUACUAUUGGAUAAAUUCAAACCAAGAACGUUCCUAGAAGCCUUAGUCAAAUACCGUGUAACUAGGCUUUCCGUGCCACCACCACUGAUACUGUUCCUUAUCAAACACCCAUUGGUGAAGGAGUACGACCUGUCAUCCAUAAAAGAAAUUAGAAGCGGAGCUGCUCCACUUAGCGCAGAUAUACAGAAAGAACUUAAAGAAAAGUUUCAGGCAGAACAUGUAUCUCAGGCCUAUGGAAUGACUGAGACGACGCUCUCAGUGCUUGCUGUACCCCCUGGUGGUUUAGAAAAGAUUGGUUCUAGCGGCAAGGUAGUACCUGGUAUGAUGGCCAAGGUGGUUGAUCAGCAAGGAAGAAGUUUGGGAAAGUACCAAAGAGGAGAGCUUUGCUUCAAAGGACCUUUGGUUAUGAAAGGGUAUAUUGGUAAUCCGGAGGCCACGAAGAAUACCAUAGAUAAACAUGGGUGGAUUCAUACUGGCGACAUCGGGUACUACGAUGAAGACGGCUACUUUUUCAUUGUAGAUAGACAGAAGGAACUUAUCAAAUACAAAGGAUUCCAAGUGGCACCCGCUGAACUUGAAUCACUCCUCAUAACUCAUCCCUCUAUUGACGACGUCGCUGUUGUGGGUGUACCGGAUGAGGCAUCAGGAGAAAUCCCAUUAGCUUUUGUUUUGAAGAAGAUGGAUAGCAAUUUAACAGAACGAGAAGUUGAGAAGUUUGUAGAAGACCAUGUUUCACCAGCAAAAAGACUUAGAGGAGGAGUUAUAUUCGUAGCUGAGAUACCGAGAAACCCAAGUGGCAAAAUAUUAAGGAGGAUUUUGAAGGAAAGGGCUACGCAACUUAAAGCCAAGCUUUAAAUGUCUUACAAAGUACCAGGCACAAAACAUAUGAAGUUUGACCACCGGUCAAUUUAAUUAAAAAUUAGUAUAGUAGUAGCUCAUGUUGUGCUGAUUCAAUGUUCCAAUGGGCGCAAAGUCCGGAAAUAGAGAUACAGUUUGGUGCCCUAGACCCUGUGCAUAAGCUUACCUGUACCAUUAUAAGAAAAUUAUUUCGUAUUUAUUGUAGGAUUAACGAUAACGAUCACGUGAGCAUAUAAUAUAUAUAUAUAUAUAUAUAUAUAUAUAUAUAUAUAUAUAUAUAUAUAUAUAUAAGUAAAAAUGGAUAGUUUUUAAUGACAUGCCUUAUCUUUUAUUAAGUAUAAUUAGAUAAUCACUCUAUAAACACUGAUUAAAUCUGAUAUCAGUAGUUACUUAUAGAAAGGCGAAUCUGAUGGUGUAAAAAUAUAUUCAACAUUUUUGAGAAAAUCAUUCUGAUAAGAUUGGAACAUUUGUUCACCGUAUCUCCAAGAUCCAGUGAAAAACAAAGCAAAAUGGCAGAAGUCAAAGUCUUCAAAAUAGGCAUUUUUUCAGACCAAUAAUAAAAUAACAUAAUAUUUCUACAGCAUAUUGCAUCAAUGUUCUUAUUAAUAUUGAGUGUUCCAUUAAAAGAAGCAUCUUUGUUGUGCCACGGAAUUGUCCAACAUCCUGUAUAUUUACAAGUAAUUUAGAGAUUCAUACCUAUAAGACGACAAUUAUCUAUGUUCCGUCCUCGUCGAAGUAAAUAUUUAUAAUACAUAUCGUAGUACCCUCGUAGUAGUACCUAACCGCCACGAUUUCAAAGCGCACACGCAGAGAAGGAAAGCAGCACCGCGUCCCUUGGCAUGCAGACCUCUUUUUCUGAAGGGGCGUCACCAUCAGGUAACUGUCAACUAACCGAUCUGUUGUAGGUGCAACUUAAAUGAAUAUUAGUAUGGAUGGCUCACCGGCGCUGCAGAUUGUGCCUAACAUGACGUUUGGGAUAACGUUCUGACACUGUUGCUUGGGAUAGUAACCUGGACCUAGCUUGUGAUAGCCAACUCCAUACCUAGGACGAACAAGGACGUUUGGGAUAACGCUGAAACAUUGGACUCGGUUCCUGGGAUAGCAACGUGGACCUGGCUUGGGAUAGUCAGCUCCACACGAAGGACGAACGAAGACGGUUGGGAUAAUGUGGAAGCAUUAGACUUGGUUGCUUGGGAUAGCAACCUGGACCUGGUUUGAGAUAGUCAGCUCCACACCAAGGAUAAACGAAGACAUUUGGGAUAUCGUUGUAACAUUGGACUCGGUUGCUUGGGAUAGGAACAUGGACCUAGCUUGUGAUAGUCCACACCAAUGACGACUGAAGAUAUUUGGAAAAAUGACUCAAUACUGAACUUUGUUGCACAAAUAACAACACCGAAAGCGUUUGGAACAACGUAACAACAAGGUAUGGUCAACAAUCUUUUCUCAUUUGCUUGUGAUAGCAAAUUUCAUUUGGUUUGUGAUAACCAUGGAACAGGACUGUAAGUUUGAACAUGGCAGGCUAGGAAGUUGUUAAGAUAUAAUUUUUCCAAAUUACCAGAUAGAGAUUAGGUACGUUAUGCGAGGUUAGCGUUACAUUUUGCUUGUGACGGCAAAUUUCAUCUGGUUUGUGAUAUUCUUGGAACAGCAUAAUAAGAAUGCACAAGACAGUUUAGGAAACCGCCGAAGUACCAUUUUUCAUUAAUAACAAAUAGAGAUUAGGUUUAUAUAUGCGACACUAGCGUUACAAUUUGUUUGAGAUAGCAAAUUCCAUCUAGUCUGUAAUAGCAAUGUAGCAAUAUAGCAUUUUUCAUUCAUAACAGAUGAAAAUUGGGUACAUCUAUGUGAGACUAGCGGUACAUUUGUCUGGGAGAGAAGAUUCCAUCUGGUUUGUGAUAGCAAUGUAGCAAUAUAGCAUUUUUCAUUUAUAGCAGAUAAAAAUUGGGUACAUCUAUGUGAGACUAGCGGUACAUUUUGCUUGGUAUAGCAAAUUCCAUCUGGUUUGUGAUAACUAUGGUACAAUAUUGUAAAGAUGCACAUGAGAAGUUAUGAAGAGGCCGAAGUACCAUUUUUCAUUAAUAAACGACAGAGAUUAGGUACGUCUAUGUGAUAACAAAUUCCACGUCGUUUGUGAUAACCAUGGAACAGGUGCGUAAUUAUGAACAUGUCAGGUUAGAAAACCGCCAAAGUAUAUGUUUUUCUUAUCGCCAGAUAAGGAAUAGGCACCUUAUACGAGAAUGCACAUGACAGUUUAGGAAACCACUAAAGUACCAUUUUUCGUUAAUAACAGAUGAAGAUUAGGUUUGAUCUAUGUGAGAAUACCGUUAUAUUUUGCUUGUGAUAGCAAAUUCUAUAUGGUUUGGAAUAGCCUUCGAACAAGGUCAAUAAUAUGCACAUGACAGGUUACGAAACAGCUGAAGUACUAUUUUUCAUUAACGACAUAGAAGGUACAUCUAUGGUAGACUGGCUGGUGACAACUAUGGAACAGGACUGUACGUAUGAAUAUAACCGAUUAGCAAACCACCAAAGUUCUAAUGUUCAGUAAUAACGGAGGUCAAAUAUCAUUAUGCCCGAUUAACGUUACAUUUUGCAUAGGUCUCACUCAAACCGCAGGGCGCUCUGGAAUGUGUUGUCUUAAAGGCCAUGUAGCCUGUUUCAAUAGAUAACGCAUCACCACGAUGAUGCGGCGACCUUAGCAUAAUUAAUGUUCGCGAGUUAUUCUAAGGCUGACAUUUCGAAGGCAGAUCUUGUUGAUGAUGAUAGAUAAAUAAAUUAUGUUCUAUUCUAGCCACCUAGGGUGAACCCUGAGGUAACGGAAGCCAUAAUAGAAAUUGUUGCACGCAGGGAUGCGUGCUUGGUCAACAUGUGAGCCGUUCACUAACUGCAAGUGACAAUACUCUAUCCUCUAGGUUCAAAGAAGGGAGAGGAGUGCAUGCUGGCAGAUAUUCACAUUAAAGCAAAGGACUCAGAGGCUUCCAGUGAUCAGAUAAACUGAGCAGCAACUGCAGAUGAGGUGUGUAGAUCAGCCUGGACAUUAACUCGUAUUCAUCAUCAAUGGCAGAGCUUUAGGAGUGGCGCUAAAGUCCUGAGUUGGACUCAAGUAGUUACUUGCCAUUCAGAUGGCGACUUGUUUAGCACUUGGCCAUAGCUGAAUCUCAUUAGUCUAUCUAUGAAUUGCUUAGUUGCGGUGGCAUCAGUAAAAAAGUUGAGCUAACUAACAAUCAGCAUUUAUCCAACUUUUUCUUGCCCCCCAAGUCUGAUGGGUCAACACGUUUGAUUCCUUAGCUUAAGACACUUUGUUUGUUUAUAAGGAUAGAACACUUAAGUCUAAGCUAUUGAACUGGAAUCGGAAUUCUCCGUAGAGAUAGUUUCUUAACGAAUCUGGAUUUGGAAUAUGCAGGGAUUUUGAUACCGGUUAGGAAGAGUCAUAGAAUAUAUUUCAGAUUCGUAUUCAAGGGACAGCUCUUCCAAUACGAUGUUGUACCGUUUAGGGUAAAUUAUGCCCCUUAUGCUUUCACAAAGUUAAUAAAACCAUUUCUGAAAUACCUUAAGAAACAAUUGAGCAGUAUUAAAUUGUGACAGAAAGAAAGUAACUUUACUUGAGCGGACGAUGCAGACAUUACUAAACCUGGUAAGGGCAAUAAUGGACAGCAGUCAAGACAGAGUCCGAAACUUUGCGGUGAACAUCAGGAUCUUGGUGUCAGCUUGUCUUUCAUUUCGUUACAGCCAACUAUACACUAACGAGUGAAAUCUCUUGCCUUAUAAAAUUCUCAAGGAAAUUUUAACGUUACUAUGCCACAAACAUAAUAUAUCUUAAGGUUUACCUCGGCUGUGGCUCAAAGAAACUGGCAGAUGAGGUCAGAGGUAUUGAGUUGUCCAAUUUUUAGUUGUAUAAUUUCUCGGAUUGGGACAUUCGUUCGCCAGGGAAAAGUCUCUAGUUUUUGGUCACUCAUGAAGAAAAUCCCGAAUGCUAAUCAUCAAGAACCACUGGUAGCUUUCUUCUCUGGUGAAUGCUUUGCUACCGGAUUGAUGGGCUGUCGCAUAUUAUACUCCAUCCUACAUCAAUAGAAUGGAGAGCUUUUGGUUUCCACGUCUGGACCAGGUUGCGGAAAAACUACGGCAAUUGUAUAAAGAGAGAAAUCUCACUGCCCACGCGUCAAAUAUAAAAUCUAGGAGUAAUACUGGUACAGAUGAGCUUUUAUGUCACUGGGACGUGAAAAUGGAGUGGGAGCUGCACCUGUUACCGUUCUGAUUUUGGUUCAAGAUUCGGUGCUUCUGAAAUUUCACUUCUAGAAGUAACGCAAGGAUCUGAUGGAGGGACCCAGGACGCCGCUCCCACUAAUUCGUAAGCUUACCCUGGUUAUCGUCUCUGAAAAGCUGUCGUUCCAAUCAGCAUCGAUAAUCCAUCAUGUGUUGUGGGCUUAGAUUAUGGUAGGAUCUUUGUCGGGAAGAAAUACAUGUCUGGCUUCCUACCUUGAAAUUUCUUACCUUACAGGUGAUAAGAGAUCAAGAUAUAAUUGUUUGAGCUAUCAGUCCUUUACCCAAAAUGUUACUAACGAUGCAGACGCAAGAUGGUUUUUCAAGGGCAUUUAUAGGCUGCGGCCAUCUCAACUGAAAUAUAGAUACUGUGGUUGUUCUCAAACAACCAAAGGAGUUGCUGGUAAGCUCUGUAGAUAUUUGGAUGAGGAAAUCAACACUGCUAGCUCUAACCUCAGGUCAGAGUGUGCUAACUAAUUGAAACAGACAACAUCCGGAUUGGGUUGAAUAAUACUGAAAUUGGGAUUUCUCAGUUUUUGAAAGUCUCGGGGUCACUCAUGUGGCAACCACUUAAGUUUUACCGUAUUUUACGCCCAAAUAUCUGUUCAGUCAAAGUAUUUAUAUGUCACUGUACAGUAACCUUAUCAUGGUGCCUCGACUCUCAGAUGGAUGAAGUCGGUCUUAGCAGAGAGUGUCACAAUUGACAACCUACAGUACAUGAAAUGCGUCACCUCUCCGCCUGCUAAAUUAUAGUAAUCUCAGGCUGGCGGCGGGAGUGCCUUUUCUGAGAUACGUCACAAAUCUCCAAGCAGUAGCUUUGCUCAAGUCUCAUUUGAGGUGAACCAAGUCUCCACACCUUAAACAUAACUAUGUUAUUACGUUAUUUGCUAAUUACUAUGAAAUGGUACCUCAUAUUACCUGUUGCUAAAAGCCUUGACUUGAAUUGUUACAAUGGAAAUGUAAAUUUAGUUGACUUUAUACAUUGCGUACAAUUUGUGUAGUUGUGUACAACCUAUCGUUUACUAUUGCAGAGCGUUAGUAGUAUAUUGUUGCAACUAGCUUUGAACAUCUACGAUAUCUAUUCUAAAUAUUUACUUCGACGAGGACGGAACAUAAUUACAUGAUCAAACGAAUUUACCUGUAAGUGAUGUUAGAUCUUAGUUAUAUGAAGCCCUCGUCGAAGUAAAUAGCUCCCUCCCUUUCUAUGUAUCAGAUCGACAGGUAAGUUCGUUUGAUCAUGUAAUUUUAUUGCGCAAGCCGUUUUUGAAUAUCUUAUAUCUUCUAUUAAACAACUUUCCAUUUUCUUUGUGAAACCCUACAUAAUAAUACUACUACUACUAAUAAUAAUAAUAAUAACUGGUCUUUACUAGGGCGAAGCUUAGCCGUCGGUUAUUAUUCCACUUAACCCUAUAUUGUAAGUAUUCAAGUAACUUUUAUAUUAUGAGUUGCCUGAUUACAUUAACGACAAGUGAGUUUUCGUAAAAUACCAUAUGCAGGCACCAAACUUUAGCACCCUGUAUCUCCGGUAGAAGGCAUUUCUGCGCCCACUGGAACAUCGCAACAGAACUCUAUAACUAUAUAAAUUUUCCUUAAAUUUGACCGGUGCUCAAAUUCCAUAUGUUUUGUGUCUAGUACUUUUAUUUCCAAAAACAUGGGUGUCCGUAUGAAGCUGCACACGAGGGGUCGAGUUACAUAUCAUCUAGGUGACCAGUACUUUGCAAUUGUCACUAUUCAUACCCUUUAUGAUAUUUGCAUUCACAUGGAUGGGGAAAAGCUUCUGAGCAUGGGGCCUGUGACGCUUCCAUGAAGCUUUUGAGGAACUAGUGAAUGAGACGGAGACUGCCUUACAAAGAUCGAUAGAUUAGAUGUUGGUUUGUAAAUAUUUUUACAUGUAAAUGCUGUGUGUACUUAUUUGUGUACGAUAAGUUAAAUAAAUAAAGGGUAUAUUUUAUCCACGAAGAAAUAUGAAUUCAC